AUGGGGAACAUGGAUGGAAAAGCUGUGGAGGAACUGAGUGCGACCGAGUGUCACCAGUGGUACAAGAAGUUCAUGACAGAAUGUCCCUCUGGGCAACUUACCUUGCAUGAAUUCAAGCAGUUUUUUGGCUUAAAAAAUCUAAGCCCAUCGUCAAAUGAAUACAUUGAGCGAAUGUUUGAAACGUUUGACUUUAAUAAGGAUGGCUACAUUGAUUUUAUGGAAUAUGUGGCAGCUCUGAGCUUGGUCUUAAAGGGAAAAGUAGAACAGAAGCUGAGAUGGUAUUUCAAACUCUAUGAUGUGGAUGGGAAUGGCUGUAUUGACAGAGAUGAGUUGCUAAACAUCAUUAAGGCAAUUCGCACCAUUAAUCCAUGUAAUGAAGUAAUGUCAGCUGAGGAAUUCACAAACAUGGUGUUUGAUAAAAUCGAUAUAAAUGGAGAUGGUGAGCUGUCUCUGGAGGAGUUCAUGGACGGGGUGCAAAAAGAUGAAGUUCUACUUGACAUCCUCACCCGCAGUCUGGACCUGACACAUAUAGUUCGAAUGAUCCAGAAUGAUGGAAAGAACCCUAAUGAAGGAGGGCAGUCAGCAGAGGCAGCUGAAUAG